AUGAGCCGAGCUGCUACGUGCUGCGCCGACGCGGACCUGCGCGCGCUCUCGGCGCAGCAGGUGGCGCAGACGUGCCACAGCAAGCUGGCGCGCUUCGACGCGUACGCCGAAGUGGUGGCGGGCAUCAUGCAGGCGCGCAAACACCUGGACGAGCAGCGCUUCGCCCACGCCUACAGCGCGCAGAUCGGCGCCGUCAUCAAGUUCAUGGAGGUGUUCAGGGAGGAGACCAACUGGGUCAUGCCCUUCCUGCACGUGCUGUUCGUGGACACGCGGCUGCUGGCCACGAGGGCGGACCACGAGGCCUCGCAGAAGGCUGGAGACGAGAUCCACGACAGCCUGCGCAGUGCCGAGCAGCACUUAAAGAAGGGUUUCGCCAUGGCAGCCAACGACCGAGCCCCGCCCGAGCACAACAAGAAAAUGGGCGCGCUGUUCAUUGUGAACCAGCUCUUCAAGAUCUACUUCAAGCUCAACAUGAUCCACCUGUGCCGCAACCUUAUUCGAGCGGUGGAGGGCCCGGCCUUCCCUAAGUUUGAGCGCUUCAACAAGAGUGACAAGGUCACGUACCAGUACUAUGUGGGACGCAUCUCCAUGUUCGAGGACCAGUACCAGAAGGCUGAGACGUGCCUCGACUACGCGUGGAAGCACUGCCACCGUGGCAAGGCGCGCAACAAACGCAUGAUCCUGCAGUUCCUCGUGCCGGUGAAGCUGUUGCUGGGCGUGAUGCCGUCCCCGAAGCUCCUGACUGACUACGCGCUGGAAGAGUACACAGGUCUCACGGACGCCAUCCGCGAUGGCAAUCUGCACCUCUUCACGGAGUAUCUGGCCCAGUACCAGGACAAGUUCAUCCAGCAGGGCGUGUAUUUAUUGAUUGAGAAGCUCCGCCUCCUAGUUCUGCGAAACCUGUUCAAGAAAGUGUAUCUGAUCCAGCAGAACCACCAACUGCACAUGCAGGACUUCCAGCUAGCACUCCACGUCGCCACGGGGCAGUCCAUGGACAUGGAUGAGAUCGAGUGCGUACUGACGAACCUUAUCUUCAAAGGCUACAUCAAGGGAUAUAUGUCGCACACGAAGAAGAUCCUCGUCGUCAGCAAGACCCAGCCCUUCCCUGCGAUCGUGGAUGUGUCGAGCUAG